CUCUUGCUUCGGAAAGGCACAUUGGAGGAAGCCCAACCACGAAGAUAUCAUCCACCUCGAAGGCUAAGGAUCGCCAAGGAGACGCCUUUCUCUCAUCUCUCCUCGGUUUGAGUGGGAAGUGGGUUUCUUUGUAAAGGUGUCAUCUUGUAGCGAUGAGGUGAUUAUGGAGAUAGGCAGGACGGCGGCUGCAGCAGCGGCGGACGGUGGUUGGAGUGGUGGGGAAAGGACGGAGAUGGUAGCGAGAGGGAGGAGUGACGUGAAGCCUGUGUUCGGCAUCGGAAUCGCUCUCUUCUUUGCCGGUUUCGUCGUCUCCCAGCUCCGGCCCCGCUCCCGCCCUCCUCCCCCUCCUCCGCCAUCUCGUCAAACCUCCUCUGCAGAGUCGAAAACUGGUGGGAGUGAUAGCAUCGAUCGCCUCGAAGAACUCCGAAUCCCAAAAGGCGAAGAAGCUUUGUCAAAGAGCAACAACGUCACGUCCACCACCGCCGUGAAGCUGUCUUCUACCAGUAGUACCUCAGGCAACGAACAGGGUGUCGUCUUACCUGAAUCGAAUGACACUCUGAUGAAAGAAUUUGAGGUGACAAGCAAGGACAUGAAAACCGCCCCAGAGACUGCGAUGGGGCAGGAGAUCGCAAGCCUUAGGGAGUUGGUUUCGUCCCUGCGAGAGAGGAAAAGGAGUCUUGAGCUCCAAUUGCUAGCUUAUCAUGGAGCUAAAGAGAAAGAGGCUGCUGCGCAAGAGCUUGAGAAUCGAUUGAAAAUUAGCGCAGUCGAGGCUAAAUUGUAUGUUUUGAGGAUCCAAUCCUUGCAGGAUGACAAGCGGAGGCUGGAAUCACAGCUGGCCGAUCAUUCAAGGACAAGGAAUGAGCUCGAGGCGUCAAGAGCAAAGAUUAAGGUUUUCAAGCAGAAGUUGAAAGCGGACAGGGAGCAAGCAAAAGAGAUAAUGGCCUCCCUUCACCAAAGGAUCAGUUCGCUGCAGUGCAGGGAGCAGAAGGAUGAGGUAAACGAUGCAGAGUUGGAGAAGAAGUUGAAGGGACUGGAAGACGAGACUGUAGAACUCGGAAUGGUCAAUUCAAGGCUUGCAGAGGAGAAUUCAGGUUUGGUGAUGAAGUUGGCAUCCACACAAAUGACUGCUGCGGCUUCUCAAGUUCUCCAGGGUGCAGAGGUAGAAGCAUCGGAGGAAGCAGACCGCUCGAGGGAAGCGAAUCGAGAACUGAUGGAGGAGAUUGAGCAGCUCCGAGCAGAUCGUUAUGCCGACGCUGAGGAAUUGGUGUAUCUUCGAUGGGUGAAUGCUUGUUUAAGGUACGAGCUGAGGAACUACCAGCCACCUCCAGGAACAACAGUUGCAAGAGAUCUUAGCAAGAGUUUGAGUCCCAAAUCCGAAGCGAAGGCCAAACAGCUCAUACUGGAGUACGCCGAUUCGGGUGCUACGGAGAAAAGCUCAAAUCUUGCCGAAAUUUAUUCAGAAUUUUUUUCUUCUUCUUCAUCACAAGCAUCUUCUGAA